GACGUCAUUCCAUGUUGAGUUGCUAAACAUUUCUGGUCUGGUAGGGUGACUGACAUUUUUGUUUUCAGAGGAUUAUUGCUGAGUAAAACUGGAAUUUUCUGUGUUCAUAAAAGUAUUUGUGUAUAUUUUCUUCUACAAUAAAUCACUGUAUGGAUAGAGCAUCAACUACAUCGUUUAUUUUCAUUUUGGAAAGUUUUAAAUAUUAGGAAGAAGAUUUAGCGAAAGUUGAACAAUGAGUGAACUGACUCAGGAAGAGAUUCGUAGACGGCGUUUAGCUCACUUGGCAGCUUUGGAGACGAGUCCGGGACCAGUGCCCUCCACAUCAGGGUCUGGUGCCACCGCUCUCUCUCCCUCUGCAUCCACUUCAUCUGUGAUAACUCCCACUUCGUCACCAUGUAGUCUCACGCCUAGUAUUAGCAAUGCAUCAAGUAGAGUUGCAGGUGCAGAAUGUCCAGUUCGACGAACUCCGCCUCCGCAGAAGAGCGACUCGCAGAGCACGGACACCUCGUCACAGAUGGAGGUGGAGGAGACGCCGCCCGAGAAGUCCACCUCCCAGUCACAGGUCGACGUCGACUCGGGCAUUGAGAACAUGGAGGUCGAGGAAACACACAAAGAGCCACAACACAGACAUCGGACUCUCAGCUCCAGUACAGAAAUCUCAGAAGAGCAAAUGUACAGUGUGGUUUCGAGAGUUUUAUGUGUCUCGUGGACUCAGCAAUCAGAAUCCUCUACAUUUCUGCCAGAAACAGCUGCCACUAUCAGUCAACGUGCACAGGAAGAAUUGCCACCUGUCGAAAUGCAGGACCUGAUCAGCCAAUGCCUGAUGGAGGUGAUGUGUCAGAUAGCGUCGGGCGUGGACCCGCUGACCAGCUCGACGCCGGAAGCGAUGAGCGGCGUCCAAGCGUCGGCGUCAGGCGUCGAUUUGGCGUUGCCUCAGCAGCCGUCCACGUCCACCGCCGUCGCCGGCACCUCCACGGCUGUGGCGCCCCAGGCUGCAGCCGCCCAACGCUGUCUGCCCGAGAAGGCGCUAGCCUUUCUCUGCGAGUGCUACUCGCGUGUCGCCCUCGAAGAGAGGAAUCAUCCUAAGAGAAGCAGCGUUCCGCCACUGAGAGACCUGUUAGCUGAGAUCCGUGCCCAGUGUGUGCAGUUCACUUCGCUGAUGCUGCAAGAUGUGCUGCUGGCCGACAUGGACUUGACAGCGGGUAUUGGCCCCCUCUCCUCCCCCCUCCUGCAGCCGCUCAUGCUUCAGUCACUGCCGCGCGGGUUUCUGCCCGAGCUCAUAUUCCGCACACAGGCCAAUCCCGAUGCUGUAAAUAAGGUGUUUGGGCCGCUGCUACAAGGUCUUUAUAGUGAAAUGCACCGCGUAUCUGUGGUGGGAGAUGGCCCCAGGAAGCCACUCAACGCUCUCUUAGAACUCAUCGAUCUCCGCAGCAGUCCGCUCAACCAUAACGAUCGUCCUAUUUGCAAUCUCGUUCCUGUCCAGGUGCAGUUUCUGCCGGACAUAGUGACGACAGCGGCCGGCAGAGAGCUAGCGCAAAUGUCGUUCUUCGGUCCGUUCUUGUCGGUCUCUGUGUUCGCCGAGGAUGACCCCAAGGUGGCCGAGCACUUCUUCAGCGGCAACACAAUUGCCGACAAGUCGCUGCACACCACGCUGCAGCAGGAGCUCGAACAUUGUCGGUCGACUCUGCACAAGAUAUUCCACGGUGUGCUGGUGAAUUCGAGUUCUCGAGAGCCGAUGCUGUCCUACAUAGCAGCGCUGCUGCACCACAACGAGAAACGAGCGCAGAUUCAUGCGGAAGAGAGGGCGCUCGCCGGGGAUGGCUUCAUGCUCAAUCUGCUUUCUGUCUUGCAGUACCUUUCCUUGAAGGUGAAACUGAACAAAGUGGACCCUCAGUAUCCGUUCCAUCCAUCUAGUCUGGUCGACAUUAAGAAUGAUACCAAGCUGAAAUUCACAUCCCAGGAAUCGGCCGACUGGUUAGAUCAACUCAGUAAAAGUCAGAAGGGCUGGAAGGAGCCGAAAUUUCCGACGCAGUGUUGGUUUUUGACGCUGCACUGCCACCACCUCGCCCUCAUUCCGGCAUUCCAGAAGUACAAGCGUCGCGUGCGUGCUUUGCGUGAUCUACAAAAACUGAUUGAUGAAAUGCAAAGCACAGAAUCGCAAUGGAAGACACUGUCAUUCGCUAGCAGAAACAAAGAGCUAAUAAAGAGAUGGAAACAACAGAUUAAGAAACUGACACGCAGCAAGGCGUGUGCGGACGCAGGACUGAUGGACGACGCGCUGAUGCGUCGCUCGGUGCAGUUCUACUCGACGGUGGCCGAGUUCCUGUUGGGCGUGCUGACGGGGACGCCCCUCGGCGCCGCGACGCCCCGGGCCAUCGCACUGCCCCUGCCCAGUGAGCCGCCCCUCUUCGCCGCUCUGCCUGAGUGGUAUGUCGAGGACAUCGCCGAGUUCCUGCUCUUUGCACUCCAAUGCAGUCCAGAUGUUCUGGUUGAUGACAUGGACGACAACAUGAUCACAUGGCUGCUGGUGGCGGUCUGCUCGCCGCACUGCAUCAAGAACCCCUACCUGGUGGCCAAAAUCAUCGAGGUGCUCUACGUACUCAAUCCCGGCAUCCAGGCGCGCACCGAGCAGCUCUACUACAAAAUCAUGCACCAUCCCAUUUGCCAGCAGUACUUGCCAUCGUUUCUCAUGAAAUUCUACACAGAUGUUGAAACCACUGGAUCGAGUUCGGAGUUCUUCGACAAGUUCACCAUUCGCUACAACAUCAGCAUUAUACUCAAGGGAAUGUGGGACCAUGCUGUACACAGACAGGCAAUCGUCAAUGAGUCUAGAUCUGGAAACCAGUUUGUGAAGUUCAUCAAUAUGUUGAUGAAUGAUACCACAUUCCUGUUGGAUGAGAGUCUGGAAUCACUCAAGAGAAUCCAUGAAGUGCAAGAGCUGAUGAGUGAUACGGCCGCUUGGAAGGCGUUGUCCACAGAACAGCAGCAAGUGCGCAACCGACAGUUGAAUGCUGACGAGCGGCAAUGCAGAUCGUAUCUAACUCUUGCACGAGAAACAGUUGAUAUGUUUCACUACCUAACUGUUGACAUCAAGGAACCAUUUUUGAGACCUGAGUUGGUUGGAAGACUGUCAGCUAUGCUCAACUUCAAUUUGCAGCAGCUCUGUGGCCCAAAAUGUAAAAAUUUGAAAGUGCAGCAGCCAGAGAAGUAUGGCUGGGAGCCGAGACGUUUGCUUGGACAAGUGGUCGACAUCUACCUGCAUCUAGACUGCGAACAAUUUGCUGCUGCCAUUGCAGCUGAUGAGAGAUCGUUCCGGAAAGAGCUAUUCGAUGAUGCCGCUGUGAGAAUGGAACGCGCUCUCAUCAAGACAAGCACUGAUAUCGAGAAGUUUAGGAAUUUGAUACAACAAGCUACUGAGAUAGCAAUACAGAACAUCAAGCGUGAGGUCGACUACAACGAUGCUCCUGAUGAAUUCAGAGAUCCACUGAUGGACACCCUGAUGGACGAUCCAGUCCAGCUGCCGAGUGGCAAAGUGAUGGACCGCUCAGUCAUUGUCCGUCAUCUGCUCAAUUCGUCCACUGAUCCGUUCAGCCGUCAGCCUUUGUCUGAAGACAUGCUCAAGCCAGCUCCUGAACUGAAGCAACGCAUCGAAGCUUGGAAGCAGGAAAAGUGCAAAAAGAGCGAUUCUUUGUAACAUCACAUCAAGAAGGUGAAACGUGUAUUUGAUGAUUCAACAGAAAACCACGAUGAACUCUAAAACGAAUAUGAUCUCGUUUAACACUGCGACAAUACAUUGGAAAUUGAAAAAAGUUUCAUUCAAAUACUAAACUGCGAUGUGAACGUUGCUGCAUUAUUUUUUGUUGAUGCUUUCAAUGUUUCGAUUGAAUAGCACAGCUGCUGUUUCUCUUUUAUCUAACUGUUGGUUUCGUUGAAAAUGUAUAUUGAUGUGGAGAUUUGGUUUCUUUCCAAUGGAGUUGCAGAUUAAAAUACACAAAGUCUUUCAAACACUCGAGGCGGCAAUGGCAAUUGUUAGAAAUAGAUACGAUUUAGAUUUUUAUUUGAGAGUAUAUGUGAAUUAUCGUUGUGCGAACUCUUAUUAGCUACUUCAUCAAGACUCCUCUUAAUUUCUGUGUGAGAAUACUUUUUAUAAGUUUGUAGAUAUAUUUCGAUUGAGCAAUGAUGAAUUUUCUACUUGACUGCUUCUUUGUAUCGAAAUAAUUUGAGGAAUGCUACUAACAAAAGCGUUGCAUCUCAUUCAAUAGAUAUUCUCUACUGUAGUUAAUUGAUGUUGAUAGAUGGAUAAAUUGAUAGUUAUGUUCACCGCUAGCCGUAGAUUCAGAGGAUGAGAUGUUUCGAAAAAUAAAAUUCAUUCAUUUAAGUAAGGAUCGCUGACCACAAUUUUCCAGAAGCAGUUGAUUCCCCAAAAGGUUUAUAUUUAAUUUUCGAUUAUCGGAGUAGGUUGUAUUAUUUUUGUAUUUAUCUGUUACAAGGAAAUAUAUAAUUUUUAUAGAUAUUGAUCUACUGUUUGGCGUCCUUCCAAAGCUGGAUUCCCCCAUAUCAGUGUUACUGGAAGUGACCGGCACAGUAAGGCUGAGUUCUCGUAAGUUUUAAUAGGACUAUACGACUAUUCAUUCUCGCUCGUCCGUGCUGAGUGGAAAAUUCCAAUCAGAAUUUAUGAAAAUUAUUUUUUCACUGAUACUAAUAUAUGGGAAUCCAGGUUAAUAAUUGAUUUCAUAUAAAUUGUAACUACGAGUUAGCUUGACCAAUUCCAUUUAUAUAUUAAAUGGCAAAUCCUUUUCUAAAUUGAAAUAUGAUCCUGAUUCUGUAACUUGCAUAAAAUAUUCAUUCUGUAUCAAUAGUUCGUGUGGAUUUCAUUCAAAUUAAUGUGCAAAUUUUAUUCUUGAAUGAUUCAGCUUGUCAAGCAUUAGUAUUAUGAUAACUUGAAGUACUCCCAAAUUUGGUCAUUAUCGUUGAAUACCAAGGGAACUUGCAAAACAUUAAUUCAAUUUUAAAUUUAUAACGCAUUAAUCUAUUUGAAUCUAUUCAAUUAUAAAAUUUUAUUGUAUGCUAAACAUCACACAUAUAUUUAUAAAUCAAAUGUCUGCUGAAUAAUUCUGUAUAACUUCAUAAAUCCAAAACUCACACUCCUUUUGUGAUUAAAAUUUGAUGUUUGUGAUUUGCUCUUGCAUUUGUCUCGAAUGCUCUAAGCAUUUAUGGUGUAAAACCAAAAUAAACAUAUAACAUAAGUGGUGGUAUUCGAAAAAUAAUAGAAACUUUAUUCGAAAUAUUCCUUUGAAAUUAUCUAAUUUCUGCUAUAUACUGCCUUAUUUUAUGGUUUCAGUUUAUCAAGAUUAUUUUAUUCAAUUCCUUGUUUUCAAUGUAUUUUAUUUUUAUCAUUCACAUUUCGUAUAUAAGUUACUUGUUAAAUUCCCCUUGGAUUUUGUAUGGAGUCGCGGAAGAUUCUAUCUACUAUAGAUUUAAAUAGGGUGUAGAAUGCAGGAUAAGAGUUUAAUUAUUGUUGGCUGUAACUAUGUAUUCCUCAACCUGUUAUAGAUGUUAUCGAUUUCGAAAUUUAAUUUUCAAGAACAUCCAUGUGAAUUUGUGAUUCGAUUUCUGAACUGAAUUGUAUCAAUCACACAAUUUUAUCAAUAUAUUGAAUUUCAUCGAAAAUGUUCACUUGGCAAGCAUUAAUGUUCUUUCUUCAGCUUAUGUGGGAAAAACUUGGAGUAAGUAUAUUGACUAGAAUUCAAGUUUGAUUAUUGUGCUUCAAUUUUCAAUUUGUACAUAACAGAAGAUAAUUUUUUUAGUGCAUAGUUGAUUUAUUACGAUUGAAAAAUAACGUGUACGGAGAAUUAAUUACAAAAAUUUAAUAAAUGAUUUAUGAAUUGUUUGUAA